AUGGAAUCAUAACUAAAGUUCAUUUGCAUUAGAUAACACAUGUUUUUGGAUUAGAAAUACGUCCUCUUACUUUUACCAAACAAGAUAACUUUGAGUCAAGUAUAAAGAGUUAAAUAAUAAAGUUUGGAAAAGAACCUAAAUACAUUUUAGAAUUGGAAUUACACAACAUCAUUUCUUGGCAACUCAAUCAUUUGAAUUAGCUUGUUAGUUUUGGGAUUAUUUGGAAUAGAAUUGAAAAACUAUUCCAUUCUACUCACGAAGACUUAAUGAAGCUUAGAGAGGCGAUAAGGAAUCAAAUUAUGUUUAAAACUGUACAUCAAUUGUACAAACCUCUCUCAUUGCUUGGUGGCAGUAAUUUAGAUGAGGUAAAAAAUUAAAUGUAUUUAGUUGUAUUUAUGUUCUGAUCUAAUCGAUAACAAAUAAUUUUAAAUCAAAUGCCAUGCUAAAAAUCAGUUUGAAGAUUCAAUGGUAAAAUUUUACAUUUUAUUUAGUCUCGUAUUUACAAUGAAAUAUAUUGCCUGAAUAAAAUAAAAUCAGAUUAUGUUUAAAGUUUACAUGAGGUUUUUACAGGUGAAAAUACUGUCUAUUUAAUUUAAGAAUACUUGGAUGGUGUUAAUUUAAAUGAAUUGCUUAACAGAGUGACUCUGGACAAACCCUAGAUAUUAAUAAUAAUGAAAGUAUAUGCAAAUUAAACCCAUAGCAAUUACUUACUGCUGUUAAAGAAAUUCAUUUCCAUAACAUAAUGCACAGAGACUUAAAACCAACUGCAAUUGUCUUUUAAAAUAAAGAUUCAAUAGAAGGGCUUAAAUUAACUGAUUUUCAUCUUGCUGUACCCAUCAACUCUCAAAUAAACUUAGGAGAUUCUGGUACUCCAGGAUAUGCAGCGCCAGAAACAUUCAAAGAUAAUUACAAUGAAAAAGUGGAUAUCUUUAGUGUUGGUUGUAUCUUUUUUAAAUUGUAUAAAUUUUCUUGAUUUUAUAGAGUUACAAAAAGAGACUUAUUCUAUGGAAAAACAACAAAUGAAAUUCUAAAACUUAAUAGAACUUGUAAAAUAGACUUACAGAUUCUUUAAAUAUAUAAAUUAAGUUAAAAUGAGCUGAAUUUAUUGAAAGAUUUAUUAGAAUUAGAUCCAGAAAAGAGGAUAAGUGCUGAAUCAGCAUUAUCUCAUCCUUAUUUCUUUAAUGAUACUAUUCAAGAGGAGUAAUUGUUGAAUAAUUAACAACAACCCUUAUUAGUACAAAACCUUCUAGAAAGAAGUAAUGGAUUUUUUCAAGCUAAGACUGAUAAUUUUGACAAAAACGUUGAAGAAUUUUUAGUUGAUUCAGAAUCACCCAAUAUUUGUGCCAUACCAAUUUUCAAAGUUUUGAUGAAGGAUUCAAUACUAUAAAACCUUCAGGUGAGAAAAAAAUCUAAACUAAAGAAAAGUGAAACAUAAGAAUACUCUCAACUAAAUUUUCUUAAUCAUUUCUAGGCUAGAAAGUCAGUUCACUAAACUAUUGUUUGA